AUGAGUAUCCCGAAAAUGUUUCAGAGUCGCGGAAAGCGAAUUGCGUCGGAUACUUUUCCAGUUACCAGUUUUUCUUGUAGCUUGGACGAAACAUUCGCUGUUCGGCGGGAGUCAUACCCUUUUGGACAGCAGGAUAGCGAGAAUCAAUCGUUGGCAAGUAUUAGUGUUAAGACAGAACCUAUUUUACGCUCUAAAGACAAACAAAAGACGGUUCUCGCUGUUCUUUUGGAAUACCGUGAUUCUGAAGCGGCGUAUGUUCAUGACUUACAUGUUGCAAGACGAUACUAUGCUGAACGGUUAAACGGACACGUAAAAAAAAGCGAAUGGAAGAAGGUGUUUCAUGUCUUUUUAGAAUUAUGCCAACAGGCGACAUUGUUUGAAAGUGAAAUUUCUAAAGCAUUUGAUGAAGAAAUUGCAAACAUGACUGAAGAUAUUCAAGUUUCUGUGCGACUAAAGCCGUCAGUUGCCAAGAUAUUUCUCAAGUGGCUUCCCAAGCUUUCUUCAGUAUACAGUAGGUACUGCCUUGAUCAAGAUGAAAUCGUUACAAUCGUUGAUAAAUGGUCUAAUAGCCCGUCUAUGUCGGAUUACUUGCAAGAAUGUGAUAGCAUGGCGAAAAUUGAAAGCAAAUCUUGGAAUUUAGACAGCUUCCUAGUAAAACCCAUGCAACGCUUCUUAAAAUAUCCUCUUCUGCUAAACCAGCUAUACAAAUCAGCCUGUCUAGGAAUGAUUCAGGAUUAUGUAUUACUUGGAGAAGCGUGUCAUCAGUCAGAACUAGCCAGUCAAAGAGCUAAUGAAAUGAAGCGUCGGCGGGAUAUAGUAGUCGAUGCUUUGAAGGCUGUAACGGAUACCCAAGAAAUUUUGGUGCUCUCUACAGACACAAUAUCCAAAAAAAUUUCAAAGCUUAAAACUUCGAUUAACGUUUUCUACAUUCCUGAACAUGAAUAUAUCGUUUCCCUAAUACAAGAUUUGUUUUCUUCCUACAGUCACUUGGUCGAGCUUCGGACGUCAAUAUGCGAAUGGAUCAAAUACUCUAGAAUGCAUUACACCCAUAUGCACGCGUUUGUAGAUUCCUACGUACGCUUUUGUAAAGAAACACCCUCCAUACAGAAGUGGGUUCCGAUUUCCUUAGAGUUGCAAAACAUUGCCAAGGGUGCUAUUCUGUGUCUUAUCGAGCAAUGUCAAAAAGAUGUACUUAAACCCAUGUCGAAAGCCAUUCACUAUUGUCGCAACCCUCUGUAUAUUGCGGAUGUUUGGAUACAACGUGCUUCAGCAUUUUCUAAACGGCGGCAUUCUGGUUUGACCAUAGAAGCCGAUUUGGAAUCGUUUCCGCUGCUAAGCAAUUGUUUACUGGAAGAACUACCAACUCUGCUUAGCUUAGCACGUUCUACAACCGAUGAAUGCAUUGUGGCUUUUUCGAAAUCGCAAGCAACCUUCUAUGCUACUGUGACGAAAAGUCUGACACCUUUUGUAUCUUUGUUUUCAACUGUUAAUUUCAGCAAUUUAAGGGCCAUUGAAAAUCUAAUGGAUCAGACUGUUAAUAACUCGACAAAAUUGGUAUAA